AUGCAAACCUUUGAUGAGGAUGUCGAUGCAGAGAAAAUGCUAAAGAUCAUUGUGAUUGGAAAUACCAAUGUUGGAAAAACAUCAAUUAUAAAUAAUCUUUGCUAUGAUCAAACUUUGGCAUCAAUAAAUACUUGUUAUUUCAAUGAUGCAAAUGCAGCAUUGGUUGUUAUGGAUUCAACCAAACUAGAUUGUACAGUGAGUGCCAAGAAUUGGAAAAAAGAAUUGGAUAAGAAUUUUCCAAAUGAACCAAUACCUACUUUUUUAUUAGCUAACAAAUUUGAUUUAAUAAGUGAUGAUCCAGAUUUAGAAAUGUUAACCUCCAAAUUUCAAAAGUUUUCGAAUGAAAAUAAUUUCGAUGAUUGGGCAUUCACAUCAGCAAGAGAUGGUUCUGGUAUUUUGGAGACUGUCGAAAACCUGGUCACUCUAACAAUAAAACAAACUAUGUAUAGGACUACCAAAGAUAGAGAUUCAUUUAGAUUGUCGGAUCCACCACCUACCAACAUUACAUUACCAAAAGAGAAAAAGAGAUAUAAUUAUGAUUUAAGAAAUGAUAUUAGAGUUAAGAUGUUUGUUUUAUCCAAAUUAAUUUCUAAUACAACUAGAAAUAAAUUACUAUCAAAUAUAAAUAUAAAUAAUAAUAGUUGCUUACCAGUAUUACUCAAGAAUAAUCAAUUCAAUUCUCUAUCUACUUCAAAUACGACCCAUAGUUUAAAACAUAGAUUAAAUAUUAUCAAUAAUGAUAAUUGUAAAAUAAAAAAUUAUUAUAACAGUCAAAAUAAUUAUAAUAAUAAAUCUAUAUUGUUUUCAAGAUCUAUUGUAUCAAAGUUUGAAAAUAAUAAUAAUAAUAAUAAUGCGAAUAAUAAUCUUGGUCAACAAAGACAUUCCUAUUCAACUGCAAGAUCAAAAGCAUUGAAUAAAGCAGAUGAAAACCCAAAAGAUGAAAAUGCUCAAGAAUUACUCUAUCAUGAAUUAAUGGAUAUGGGUGAUUAUGAAACUAUUAUUUCAAGAUUUGAAUCGAUGGCAUAUGCAUCAAAUGAAGAGUGUAUUAGAUAUUACUUUAUGUCGUUGGUCUAUUCGAAAAAGUUGAACAAAGCAAACAUAUCAUUGCUCAAGGAUCUCGAAGGCUAUUCACUAAAGUUUGGUACCACUGAUGAUGUAAAGGAGAAGAUCAAUCAACAACCAAUUAUACCGUUGGUUAAAAUCAGUGAUUUGGGUACUGUCAAGAUGUCGACAUUCGAUAGAAUAUCAUCAAUGAUUUGGCUACCUCUUCUGUGUCUACUGGUGUACUAUAUCAUGAAAGACUCUGACGAAUCAUCGAGUAAACAAUCGUCGGUUGCCAAAGAGUAUAGCGAAGCGUCGAAUAGCGCCACCUUUGAAGAUGUCAAAGGAAUCGACGAAGUCAAACACGAAUUGGAGGAGAUCGUUGAUUAUCUCAAGAAUCCAGAGAAAUACGACAGGAUCGGUGCGAAGCUGCCAAAGGGUAUUUUGAUGUCUGGCGAGCCAGGCACAGGAAAGACGCUGUUGGCGCGUGCCAUAGCCGGUGAAGCAGAGAUUCCAUUCUUUUAUACGGCAGGCAGUAGUUUCGAUGAAAAGUAUGUUGGUGUAGGAGCGAAGCGUGUCCGUGAGUUGUUUGAUUUGGCCAAGUCGAAACAACCGUGUAUUAUUUUUAUAGAUGAAAUCGAUGCCGUCGGAAAAUCAAGACACUCCACACAUUUCAAUGAGACGCUACUCCAGCUGCUCUCGGAGAUGGAUGGUUUCUCACAGAACAACAAGGUCAUGGUGAUUGGCGCUACAAACUCGCCAGAGUCACUCGACCCUGCCCUGACCAGACCAGGCAGAUUCGACCGUCUCAUUGCCGUUCCCAUUCCAGAUUUCAAGGGACGUAAAGAGAUUGUCGAUUUCUAUCUCUCCAAGGUGGUACACGACAGGAAUGAAAUCAGUUCCGAGAGGAUUGCACGUGCCACACCUGGCUUCACCGGUGCCGAUAUUUCCAAUCUAAUUAAUACCGCUGCAAUCAAAGCGGUGCUACACGGAAAGGAUCAGGUCAGUUUGAAGCUGAUCGACGAAGCCAGAGACGACAUCUUGAUGGGCAGAGCCAGAAAGUCUGCCAUCAUCAGCGAAGAGGUCAGAAAGAACACUGCAUACCACGAAGCUGGUCAUGCUUUGGUUGCCGCACUUUCUGACUGUGCUGAUCCAAUUCACAAGGCAACCAUUGUUCAGCGUGGACAUGCACUCGGCAUGGUAAGUCAACUACCGGAGAACGAUCACAUGCAAUUCACAAGAAAGCAGAUGAUGACCAGAUUAGCAAUUUGUUUGGCUGGCAGAGCUGCUGAAGAGAUAUUCUUUGGUCACGAUAACGUAACCAGUGGUGCAUCCUCUGAUUUCCAACAGGCAUCUAAAUUGGCAUUCUCAAUGAUUACUAAAUGGGGAAUGUCCGAUAAACUUGGAUUUACAUAUCAUCAAGAUAAAAUGUCACCGGAAAUAAUGAAUAUCGUUGAUAAUGAAGUUAAAUUAUUAUUAGAUAUAGCUCCAGACUAA